AUGUCCGAUCAUGAAAGUUUUGAAAGCAAUCAACCACAAGCUUCAAAUUUGAAAGUCUUGGAGUUUGAGUUGAACGACCAUCGUGCUUUGGAGGAGCAAAAUAUUCACUCUAAAGGUGAAAAUACUCCAGCAAAAGCCCAAUCACAAGUAGAACCAACCCCAUCAUCGCCAUCACAUCAUCCUCCUCCUCCUCCUCCAUCAACAGUAACUAAUGACCAAUCCAGUAGCAAUAGUCCAUUAGGACAGCAUCCCCAAACUUACACCCAGCCCCAGCCCUAUUCUUCUUCUACUCAAGGUGCACCCGUCUCAAAAAAGAAACCAGCUAGAAAAAGCUCAACUUCUGCAGAAAAACCAUCUUUUAUGAAUAGUUUGAGAAGAGAAUUCUACCUCAAGGAAGAUGACGAUGUUAUACCUAUAAUCAAUCAUUCUCAUAACUCAAAAAUGAGACGUAGACUAACUUUGGAUAACUUACCACCUGUUAUUAAAAAGAAAACUAUACGCAGCAACUCAAACAAUUUUGAAAACGAUGUAUUGAGUCCUAUGAUAAAGACAAAGACUGCUGAUAGCAACAACAACAACAACAGCAAUAUUUCUAGCGGGGCUAAUGUUGUUAACCCAGAUGAGAGUAAGUCUUCCGUCAUAGGUGCUGCAGGUACAGGUGUUGGUGCUGCUGCUGCUGCCGGUAGAAGAGGGUCAAGGUCAUCCAUUGAUUCGGACGAUUCUCAUGCCUCGAGGUCUUCACAAGAGACCGAAGAAGAUGUGUGUUUCCCAAUGAUGCGUGAACAUAUUCGUAUCAAUGGUAUUGAUUUCGAUGAAAUUGACGAGUUUAUAAGAGAAGAAACCGACGAGGCGGCAAUGCAAAGAGAAUUCCUCAUUAAAAACAAGCGGGCUAUUGACGAAAUUGAUCAAAAUGAAAAGAGUGAAUCAUUGCGUUUAACUACCCUGAGGAGAAGUUUCUUAUCCAAAACACCAACAAGUAGUGCUGCUUUGAAAUAUACCCCCAAGAAUAUUUUAAGGGGUAUUUUUAAACAUGAAGAAGUUGCAGACACGGAAACUAGUAGUUUGUCAGACGGAGUAAAGUUUAAUCAGGACGUUAUUGUUGAUGAUUCUUCUUCGUCAUCUUUUGUGUCUUCGGGGCAGGUCAAGUUUGGUGGUGCCAGAAUAUCUGAUGGUAACGGUGGAUCAGGAUCUUUACCUGAUAGGUUUUCCUUUUUCCACUCAGAGUUUGAGGAAACAGUUCAUGCACCAGAUAUUCCCUCAUUAGCUGCUGAUGGACAAUCAAUACGUGAACUUUUUCGAGAUGGAACAGGGACUUGGUGGUUGGAUUGUACCUGUCCCACUGAUGCCGAGAUGAAAAUGUUGGCAAAGGCAUUUGGAAUCCAUCCUCUUACUGCUGAGGAUAUUCGUAUGCAAGAAACAAGAGAAAAAGUUGAAUUGUUCAAGUCCUAUUAUUUUGUAUGUUUCCAUACCUUUGAACCAGAUAAAGAGUCUGAAGAUUACUUGGAACCAAUCAAUGUUUAUAUCGUUGUUUUCCGUGAUGGGAUUUUGACAUUUCAUUUUUCGCCAAUUUCACAUCCGGCAAAUGUGAGGAGAAGAGUUCGUCAAUUGAGAGAUUAUGUUGAUGUCACUGCAGAUUGGUUAUGUUAUGCAAUGAUUGAUGAUAUCACCGAUUGCUUUGCCCCAGUGAUUCAUGGGAUCGAAUAUGAAGCAGAUGCAAUUGAAGACUCUGUUUUUGUUGCUAGAGAUACAGAUUUUGCUAAUACGUUGCAGAAAAUUGGUGAUUCAAGAAGGAAAGUUAUGACUUUGAUGAGGUUGUUAUCGGGAAAAGCUGAUGUUAUUAAGAUGUUUGCAAAGAGGUGUCAAGAUGAGGCUGCCUUGGGAUAUCAAAGACAACAAAGACAAAUUGUUGAGCAACAGCAGCAACAGCAGCAACAACCACAACCACAACCACAACCACAACCACAACCACAACCACAACCACAACCACAACCACAACAAUACACCACUCCUCAACCAGUAUCUACACAUUUCAGUGAAGUCAAUUAUGGAUAUGGAUUAGGUUCAGGGACAAUACCUCCUAUAGGAUAUGUUGGAAAUGGACCCAUAUCGCCACCACCAUUUCAAGGCAAUUGGGCUCAGAACAGCUCCAUUAAUGCGCGCCCAAGAGCGGACAUUGCAUUAUAUUUAGGAGAUAUCCAAGAUCACAUAAUCACCAUGUUUCAAAAUUUAAUUGCUUACGAGAAAAUCUUUAGUCGUUCUCAUUCCAAUUAUCUUGCACAAUUACAAGUUGAAAGUUUCAAUUCCAACUUCAAAAUAUCUGAAAUGUUUUCAAAAGUGACUAUUAUUGGUACCAUGCUUGUUCCAUUGAAUUUGGUGACUGGUUUGUUCGGUAUGAAUGUGAAAGUGCCUGGUCAAGACGGGUCUCUUGCUUGGUUUUUUGGAAUCUUGGGCAUUUUGAUAGUGGUUAUUAUUGCUUCUAUAUGUUUAGCCAAUUGGUGGAUAUCUAGAAUGAAUAGAAUGAUGAAUAGCGGGCCUAGACCGGUUUUCAAUUCAAGGAGGAGUAUUAGAAGUUUGGGAAUGAAGAGACACAGUGCUAAAUCUAUAAUCAGUUUCCCCAACAAAAAUCUAGAACCGUCACCGUCACCGUCACCGUCACCGUCAUUCUCAUCCACCCCUCUAUCUUCAGAUGGACUUGGCCAGUUUGAAACGUGGCUUGAUAGUCAACAAAAUUCAACUAUACACUCAAUCCUUUCAAAUAUCCUUCAUAAUGGAGUAAUCAUUGCAUCACCAUCACGUACCCAUCCCAACUAUUACUAUCAGUGGAUCCGUGAUUCUGCAUUAACUAUAAAGACCCUCAUUUCAUUUCUUCAAUCAUCACCACAAAAAUAUAAUGAAACAAUAGUAAGCCAUAUAGACCAGUACAUUUCUAAUAGUUUUGUAUUACAAAGAACGGAUAAUCCACUGGGGCAAUUUGAUGACGAUUUGAAAAGUUUGGGUGAGCCUAAGUUCAACAUCGAUAUGACAGCAUUUGAACAGCCCUGGGGAAGACCACAGCGAGAUGGACCGGCAUUGCGUACGUUGGCCAUUCUACAAUAUUUGGAUUAUUUAAACCUGACAAACAUUCACGCUAAAGAAGCAAGUUACUCUAAAAAAAUUUAUGAUAAAAUCGUCAAAAUCGAUCUUUAUUAUAUUUGCAAAUACUGGUCAUUUCAAGAUGGUUUUGAUAUAUGGGAAGAAGCUCGUGGCCGACAGUUCUUCACUUCUCUUGUUCAAUUAAAAGCAUUGGAAAUGGCUAUUCACUGGUCAACAUGGUUCAAUGACGAUGAUGAUUUCAAAACUCACAUAAAAACAAAUUACGAUACACUAAAGCAUGACAUUGAAACAAAAGCAGGAUUCAUACAAGAUGAAAACAAUAUAUCUCACAUAAUCGAGAUUCCAAAUUUAUUAGCUCCAGAUAAUCAACAUCGAAGUGGGUUGGACAUUGCUACUGUCCUCGCUAUAAUCCAUACAAAUACUAACUCAUUAUCAUCUGAACACGUAACCCCAUUCAAUGCAUUCAAUACAUCAAACCAUUAUGUACUUAACUCGUUGGCUUUAUUAAUCAAGGAUAUGAAACAACGAUAUUUGAUUAACAAAUCGCAUUGGGGUGUAGCAUUAGGGAGGUACCCCGAGGAUAAAUAUAAUGGUUACGAUAGUGCGAGUUUAGGGAAUCCUUGGUUUUUAGCAACGUCCGCCGCUGCUGAAUUCAUAUACUUGUUCAUUUAUCAAAUCACCCCCACUAAUGGCGAUGUUUAUAAUUUCACCAUCACUGAUCUGAAUAGGUUACUCUUUGAACCAAUUUUGAAAUCGAAAACACCAGGUGGUAAUAUUACACUAACAUAUGGAAGUAAAGAGUAUUUCACAUUUAUUAGAAAACUAUUAGAGUAUGCAGACUCGUUCCUAAUGGUUGUUAAAACUCAUAUGGACAAUGAAGGUAAUCUAAGUGAACAAUUUAAUAGAAAUAAUGGAUUUAUGCAAGGAGCAGAAAAGUUGACUUGGAGUUAUUGUGCUUUAUGGGAUGCCAUUUAUUGGCGAUCGCAGGUUUUGAGUAAACUCUCAUAA